AUGCCCUGCUAUGCAGAUACCAUCAUUAAAGUUAAACAUGUUAAACAAAGUGGAAAAGAAGACGCGAAAAUGCUUUCAGUAUGGGCCAUCAGAACAUAUCCAACAGGACGUGAAGAUAAUGAGAUUGAAGUAAUCUUAUUUAUACCUAUUAAUCCUAAUGAUCGGGAUUCUAAAUCUCAAGCAAUUUUUAAAAGAGAUGAACCUAAAGUACUUAAUAAAAAUACUGGGAACCAUCUCACCUUAUUUCCUAAUCAACGUUAUUCACAUGCGCUUUUCAUGUACUAA